UGCAAAUUGCACACAUUAAUCAGAAGAAAAGGAAACAAAAAUGGUAAAAAUGUUGUCGACAUUUGCAGCUCUAGUACUGCUAGUCACAUGUCAAUGUUCAGCUCAAGCCGCGUCACCGGCGCCGGCAGGCGGCGGCUCCACUCCAGCGGCGGCGCCACCAUCCAACGCCUCCCAGGAGUACCUGGAAGCACACAACCAAGCAAGAGCCGAGGUAGGGGUGGGCCCACUCCAGUGGAGCCCAUCGCUGGCAAAAUCCGCCAGCUUAACGGCGCGGCUGCAGAGGGACAAACACAACUGCAGCUUCGCGAACCUGGCCAACAGCAAGUACGGCGGCAACCAGCUCUGGGCCGGCGGCUUCGCCAUGACGCCGCGCGCGGCGGUGGAGACGUGGGUCGCCGAGAAGAAGUUCUACACCUACGAGAACAACUCCUGCGCGCCGGACCACCGCUGCGGUGUCUACACUCAGGUUGUGUGGAAGAAGUCGGCGGAGCUGGGCUGCGCCGCCGCGGCGUGCCCCAAAGACCAAUCCAGUUUGACUAUUUGCUUCUAUAACCCCCCUGGAAACGUUGUCGGAGAGAAACCCUACUAGAAUUUUUAUAUUAUCCACCAUUUGUAAUAAUAAUAAUUAAUCUGAGCAACUAAUUCCCAUUUCUAAUUUGUUCUAUGCAUUUGUUGCCAGUUUUGCUUAUCUGAAAUUAAAUGCGUAAACGAGUCGAGUCGAGUCGGACGCAUAUUUGAUC